AUGGUUGCACAAGCAGCAGCAGCAGGGACAACUUCAUCAUCACAUCUUCUCUUCUCAAGCUCACAUUCUCUGUCUCGCCUAUCUCCUUUCCAGUUAUGUGUCUUUGACUCAAAAACGCUUGUGUCCUACCCCAGCAGCGCUAAUACUCUCAAGAAAAAACAUGUUGGUGGUGGGCUUAAGUGCAUGGCUGUAAGCACAGCCUCAGAGGCUGCAACAAAGAAGAGUAAGUUUGAGAUUCAAACAAUGACUGGUUGGCUGUUGAAGCAAGAACAAGCAGGUGUUAUUGAUGCUGAACUCACUAUUGUGCUUUCUAGCAUUUCAAUGGCAUGUAAGCAGAUAGCUUCUUUGGUGCAAAGAGCUAGUAUUUCUAACUUAACUGGAGUUCAGGGUGCUGUUAAUAUUCAAGGAGAAGACCAGAAGAAGCUUGACGUGGUCUCUAAUGAGGUGUUCUCUAGCUGCUUGAGAUCAAGUGGGAGAACAGGAAUCAUAGCAUCAGAGGAAGAGGAUGUGCCGGUGGCAGUAGAGGAGAGUUACUCUGGAAACUAUAUAGUGGUUUUUGACCCACUUGAUGGAUCAUCCAACAUUGAUGCAGCAGUGUCUACUGGUUCCAUCUUUGGAAUAUACAGCCCAAAUGAUGAGUGUCUUGCUGAUAUUGGAGAUGAUUCUACUCUUGACCAAACGGAACUGAGGUGUAUUGUGAAUGUUUGUCAGCCAGGAGAUAACCUUCUUGCUGCUGGCUACUGCAUGUAUUCUAGCUCUGUGAUUUUUGUGCUCACUAUUGGUAAUGGAGUGUUUUCUUUCACCUUGGAUCCGAUGUAUGGAGAGUUUGUUUUAACUCAAGAAAAAAUCCAGAUACCAAAAGCUGGAAAGAUUUAUUCAUUUAAUGAAGGAAACUACCAGUUAUGGGAUGACAAGUUGAAGAAGUACAUUGAUGACCUUAAAGACCCUGGUCCUAGUGGCAAGCCCUACUCUGCCAGAUACAUUGGAAGCUUGGUUGGCGACUUCCAUCGGACGCUGCUGUACGGUGGCAUUUAUGGGUACCCCAGAGACAAGAAGAGCAAGAAUGGGAAACUGAGGCUUCUCUAUGAGUGUGCACCGAUGAGCUUCAUCGCGGAACAAGCCGGCGGGAAAGGAUCAGAUGGCCAUCAGAGAGUAUUGGACAUCACACCUACUGAGAUACACCAGCGUGCUCCCCUUUACAUUGGGAGCGUGGAGGAAGUGGAGAAAUUGGAGAAGUCAAGUGGCCGCACGGGGAUUAUAGCCCCAGAGGAAGAAGAUAUACCUGUUGCAGUUGAAGAAACUUACUCUGGGAACUAUAUUUUGGUGUUUGAUCCAAUUGAUGGGUCUGCCAACAUUGAUAUAGCGUUGACUACAGGAUCUAUCUUUGGAUUUAUGGCCCUGACGAGCAAUGCCUCUUUGACAUUGAUGCUGACUCAACACCAAGCCAUCUUCUUGAUGAAGCAAAACAAAGGUGCAUCAUCAACGUCUGCCACUAGCUGCGGGUUAUUGCCUCUAUCCCAGCUCAGUUGUCUUCACAAUAUCCAUAGGCAAAGGGGUGUUUGCUUUUACCUUGGAUCAUUCGGGGAAUUUGUAUUAACACAUGAGGAUAUCAAGAUUCCAAAAACGGGUAAAAUCUACUCAUUCAAUGAAGGAAAUUAUGACUUGUGGGAUGAUAAACGUUAUAUAGGCUGCCUUGUUGGUGAAAUACAUAGGAUGCUUCUAUAUGGCGGCAUCAAUGGAAAUCCAAAGAACAAGAACAGCAAAGAUGGGAACUUAAGGCUCCUGUAUGAAUGGGCGGCAAUGAGUUACCUUCUGGAACAAGCUGGUGGAAAAGCAACAGAUGGUCACCAGAGAAUCCUCGACAUAAAGCCAGCACAGGUAGUUGUUGCAGCUUUACCACUUCAUCUUUAG